UGCAAAGAAAAAAAAUUGGGUGGAGAAAUGGAAACAAGUGGUAUGGUCAGACGAGUUAAGAUUCACUCUUUUUCAAUUAGAUAGUCAAGCUAGAGUAUUGAAAAGUCAUGAAGAAGCAUAUAAUGAAUAUUGUAUUCAAUCUACAAUAAUGUUUUGGGGGUGUUUUGGUUGGCAUGAGGUUAAACCUUUAGUUGUGAUGGAAGGAAAUAUAGAUUCUGAUAAAUACGUUAAUAUUCUGGCAAAUCAGUUCAUUCAAUAG